AUGGGUCCCAGAUUGAAACUUAAACGAGCUAUUGAAAAAACUUAUGACCAUGGGAAACAAAGUGCAGAAUGUAAAGUCAAUUUUUCAACAGUGACAAGCGGUACCUCCACAACAAGCACAGGAAACAUUGCCUUGAAAGGACAGAUGAAGUUACAAGUUGGGACUGAAGGGUGGAGUCUAAAAAAAUUAAGUGAAAAGGUAUUGUUGUAAAAGCAGUUUUGCACAUUUAUACUGUACAUGUGUUGAUAUAUAAUUAUAUAUAAUGCCCUCCGAUGAGGAUUUUACCACAAAGGAUAAUGUUUCGUUUUCUAAAUUUAAAGGCCUAAGCCUUCUGGAGUAUGUGAAAGCUAGGUCAACUUUUUGUUUGAGCAAUCAUAUCAAUCAACACUGUAGAAACAAGGGGGAAUUUCGUUCUCGACCAAUCAGCGCUUUUGUUUACAUUUUUGCCCUAAGCCAAUCAGAAUGCGUAAAACGCUUCAUCACAUGAAAUUUGUAAACAAACAUAUGGGGUUACUUCAGAGCUUUGCUGCAAGCGGUUUUUUGGUUUUUUGCCAUGAAAUUCAUAUAUGUUGUUCUUAAAAGAAUUCUCCUCAACUUCCUCGUGGCGAUUUUUGAUUAAUUGCGUGAUUGCGAAGAUAUGGGUCUUCAAACUUUGCGUUGCGCAGGCUUAAAUACCACCCCUCGAAUUUGUAGGUUCCGAACGGAUUAGCGUUUUCAAAAGCCUUUCAAAUCGAGGUUUGAGACGUUUUAUUUUUUAAAAGAUACUUUUAUCUUCAUAUUUUCACAUUAACUUAUUAAUAUCCUGUGUAACAAGUAAACAGCACAUUUCCGGGCUGGGACAAGUUGACAUGUCGAUUCCUUGCCAAACAGUGUGGCGAUCAAUAUGGCGAAUAUCUAAAUACAGGGAAUUUUUAAAAUUUUGUUGGUAUAAAUGGGAUAAAGAAGCUCAUCAAAUAUUUGGACUAUGGACCUUCAAACUUAUGCCAAGUAUUUAUUUGAUUGAUUAGCUCAAUAACUGUUUUUUGGCUCGUUUUUCGUCGAUUUCGACAGUCGAGCUUAGUCGACUUCAAAAUAAUGUGUCAACAUUGCGUGUUGCAGCCUGUGGAUAUGAAUAUUUUCGUUUGUUUGACCAUAACACUUUUCUUCACUGCUUUUAAUCCUUGAAUGACAAUAUAUUCAUUGGUCUCAGAGUCCUAAACUUAAGGAAGAUGGAUGACUUUGGGACACCUGAUAUCAAAAUUUUGUUCAGAUAUCAAAAUUUAUGGACAUAUAUAGUCACAGAGCAUACUGUAGUCAUAGGACCCUCAUUGUUUCUUCCUUGAUCUGGCCACUAGUCACAAAUGGGGCCUGUUCUUAUGACCUGGCUAGGCAGGAGACAACAUUUGCCAGUAUUGCCGAUAUACUAUCCUGCUACUAUCCUGGCUAAGCACAAGGUAUCCUUUGCCAGAAUCCCAACUAUGCAAGCCAAGAAAUUCACCAUUUACAGUAAACAUUCUAUCCCACAACCAGGCAACAUGAACUUGCCGCCUUUAGGGUCCCAUGCUGCCUAGCCCAGAUCAUAUCAACAGACCCUUAGCAGAUCCUGAAACUACAAUUGGAAUAUUUUAGGCCAUAAUCUUGUAGAAUCAACCAGGUAUUGUCAGUAGUAUAAUAUCACACUGGGCAUGCAAGCUGGUCUUGCCCAUUUAUAUGGGCUAAAUAUACACCUGCCCAUGGUAAGAUACUGCCUCGUAUAUUAAUUUUAUAUAUGUUUGAGAUUGCAUUCACAUGAAACAGCCUGAUUGAAUUUAUUGGCCCAGCAUUUGCUUGAGCAAGUUGAUAUCCUGCAUUGGGAGUCUCACACUAAUAAAGGUCAUAAGCUGGCCAACCAGCUCACUCGACUAAAAAUCAUGUUAUAAUACACAAUUUGGCCCAAGUAAGUAAGAAAUUGAUUAAUAUAAGCCUUCUGAAGCUGUUGUCAUUAACAAAUUAUCCAGCAUUUCACACAAAUUUCUUGACAACAGUUGCCAGGUUAGCCUGGCUACUGUGAGGCAAAUGACAAACUAGCCCUAAAAGAAAAUCCAGCCAUGUUUGCUGGGCUAGCAUGGCCCAUUUUGACAGCCCUUAAAGGCCUAUUUGUGAGGUUACUGGGGGCUUAAUAUUGGAUUGCAUUAUAUAAUAUGUGUAAAAUAUUCAUUUGUGCACAGGUAUUCUGGUAAUGCACAAAUUUAUGGACUAAAAUGUUUCAAUUAUAGUAGAUCGGGAUCUAUUGGGGACCUGUUUAUAUGAUCUAGACUAUCCAGAACACAUGCUUGAAGCCUAAUUCAUGUUGCCUGUUUGGUAUACAGUUCUUAUUGAUCCUUAUUGUAUAUGGUGAAUUUCUUGGCUUACAUAUAGCCAGGAUUCUGGCAAUGGAAACCUCACGCUUAGCUAGGCUGAUAGUAGCAGGAUAGGAUAGAACAUACUGACAAAUGUCGUCUCCCACCUAGCCAGGUAAUAUGAACAGGGCCCAAUUGUGACAAGUGAGCCAGAUGAGUAAAAAAACAAUGAAGCUCAUAUACAGGUAUAUAUCCAUAAAUUUUGAUACCUGAACAGCAACAUUGAACAAAAUCAUUCUGUCCCAAUGUCAUCCAUCUUCCUUAAGUUUAGGACUCUGAGACCAAUGAAUAUAUUGUCAAUCAAGGAUUAAAACCAAUGAAAACAAGUGUUAUUGUCAAACAAACGAAAAUAUUCAUGUCCACAGGGUGCAACACGCAAUGUUGACACAUUAUUUUGAAGUCGACUAAGCUCGACUAAAUGUCGAAAUCGACGAAAAACGAGCCAAAAAACAGUUAUUGAGCUAAUCAAUCAAAUACAUACUUGGCAUAAGUUUGAAGGUCCAUAGUCCAAAUAUUUGAUGAGCUUCUUUAUUCCAUUUAUACCAACAAAAUUUUAAAAAUUCCCUGUAUUUAGAUAUUCGCCAUAUUGAUCGCCACGCUGUUUGGCAAGAAAUCGACAUGUCAACUUGUCCCGGCCCGGAAAUGUGCUGUUUACUUGUUACACAGGAUAUUAAUAAGUUAAUGUGAAAAUAUGAAGAUAAAAGUAUCUUUUAAAAAAUAAAACGUCUCAAACCUCGAUUUGAAAGGCUUUUAAAAACGCUAAUCCGUUCGGAACCUACAAAUUCGAGGGGUGGUAUUUAAGCUUGCGCAAGGCAAAGUUUGAAGACCCAUAUCUUCGCAAUCACGCAAUUAAUCAAAAAUCGCCACGAGGAAGUUGAGGAGAAUUAUUUUAAGAACAACAUAUAUGAAUUUCAUGGCAAAAAACAAAAAAACCACUUGCAGAAAAGCUCUGAAGUAACCCCAUAUGUUUGUUUACAAAUUUCAUGUGAUGAAGCGUUUUACGCAUUCUGAUUGGCUUAGGGCAAAAAUGUAAACAAAAGCGCUGAUUGGUCGAGAACGAAAUUCCCCCUUGUUCACUGUAGAUGUAAAGGGUUCAUCAAUGUUGCAAACAAGAUUGCUGAGUUUGGAUAUGUGAAGCUAUAAGAUGCUUUUUUUUGUGUCACCCAACAUAUUCAGCCCUGUGAUGCAUGCUUUAAGGAAACUGAUCAAAAUAAUGAACCUAGCUUAAUUCCUGACCAACAUAGUUUUCCUUCCUACAAAUCAACUCACGCUAAAAGGCUGCUUCUGCAACUGACCACAUUGCAGCUAUAACAAUAGAUGGACUUUCAACAUUUCCCUGUGACGCUACUGCUAACAUAAUAAUGCUGAAAUGUUUGUUGGAAAAUUCAAAACAGUGAAGCUCCACAAAUAGUUUAUCUAAGGAACAUUUCAUGGAACUUAUCUUGAUGUGUAAUUCGGACAAGGAAAGAGAUUCUUUAAAGUAUGCAUUUAGAAAGGUUUGUGGUGCUUCAGCAAAAACAAUGUGGAAAAUGUAUGGUGUCGAAAACUACAACAGAAAAGCAAGACAACUUGAAGAUGUUGUUGAACAUAUCCAGCAAAUACGGCAAGGCAUCAAACAUCUUGCCAGUAUCAAAGAACAAGCUGUUUUAAUGUCUCUGGGACUUCAAUUGUUUGAAGACUCUGAUUCUGACAAGUCCGAAGGUAGUGAGCAAGAUACUGAUGACAUGUUCUCAGACAACUCAGAGGAAAAUAUCAAAACAAAUGUGCAGGCUACACCAGUCCCAAUGCAGUCAAACAUUGUUCAAGAUCUCCUUGUGAAGAGCAACUUUAACUGGUAUGCUAUGUCAGAGAUCGUCCAAGAAGAAAUUGCUGGUGUUGAUAACACCAAUGUCAAAGAUGUACUGUCCAACUUAUCAAAAGAAAUAGAGUCCAUAGGAUUAAAUGAGAAGGAACUAUACUUGGUGACAUAG